CGCAGGGACGGGCGAGGGGCGGGAGGGCAGGGGCGAAGCGUGUACGCGCGACGCACGUGGCACGCUCGGAAUACACGCGUUUCGGCACGUAACACGGCGUUCUCGCGCUCGCGCGACACGCCGUACGCAAUCGACGCUUUAGGCUUCGUCUAAGCACGAUGGACCCGCGCUUGCACAGAAGAUCCGAGGCGGAAAAGGCGCCGGGCGACUUGAUCGUCGAGUGGUUAAACGAGGCCUCGAUGGGCCCCACUGAGGAAAUUAAGAUCGCAAACAUAUGCAAAGUGCAGGAACUCCUGUUGAACAAGGAGCCGCACUUGUUAGAGCCCUAUUUAAACGACAUUCUACAAUUCUCGUUGGACAGAAGCGCCGAGGUCAGAAAGACUGUUACAGGAUUUAUCGAAGAAGCCGGGAUAAAGUAUCCGGAGGUGAUCCCACGCAUAGUUCAAAUACUCCUCAGGCUGGCGUCCGACGAAACGUCGGUUGUAGCUAAACGGGCACUCAGGGCCAGCGGCAGAAUUCUCAGGGUCGCUCUCAAAUGGAUCGCCAGUGCCACUGUCGUUACAACUGAAAUGGAAUUGGCAUGGACGCAGCUAAGCGCCCUCAAGGUUCAAAUUAUAAAUAUGAUUGACAGCGACAACGAUGGAAUAAGGACACAAGCCGUAAAGUUUCUCGAGGGCGUGAUAUUAAUACAGACAUAUCCAGAUCCCGACAGCCCGAAGAAGACCGAUGACUUCUCUCUCGAGGAUAUUCCGCUAACGUUGAAAAUAGCACGCAGACGGAAAUUGGAAGAAGAGGCGAAUCACGUUAUGGAUUUGCUGAUCAAGUUUCACGGGUCUCCACAUGUCAGCAGCGUUAACUUAAUGACGUGCAUGGGAUCCUUGGCGUUAAUCGCUAAAAUGAGACCACAAUUUAUGCCAAAUGUAAUUCAAGCUUUACAAAGGUUGCAACACGAUCUACCACCGACGCUGUCCGAUUCUCAAGUAACCAGUGUGCAAAAACAAUUGAAACUUACUCUUCUCGGUUUGAUGAAACACCCUGCUAGCAUAGAGUUUGCUUCGACCAUAGCUAAACAGCUGACUCAGCUUGGAGCGAAAGAACAGGAAAUUAUUAAAGCUUAUCCAAAACCGGAAGACGUCCGUCGGAUGAAAAAGCGUCAACAGGAGAUAGCGGCUGCUACUGCUGCGAAACGGCCAAAAAUUGAAGUGACUUUAAUACCCGAUGAAGCAGAAGCAGCACCGAGUCCUGUCCCGGCGCCUAAAUUACCAGACUUGAUUGAACUGUCUGAAAAUUUUAUUUCUGAAAGACUCAGUGUAGAGAUUGCAACAGAUUUAGUGAUGGACAGUAUGGCAUGGGUCCCGGAUACUAUGACGACAAUUUUUCAAAGAGAAUAUCAACCCACGGCAACUACUGAUAUUAAUAUACAACGUCAAACAAUUGCCAGACUUUUAGCGGCACAAAUCAAACAGACUAAAGCAAAAAAGAGCAAAAAAGAUAAGGAAGAGGAUGCCGUGAUGGAAGACCUAAUUAAGAAUCCCACCAUUAGCGUAGCCGAGGCAAAGCGGGAGCGUAAACGUGAAAAAGAUCGGGAGAAAGAGAAGGAGGCGAAAGCGUCGUUGGAGGCUCAUGAAAAAUCUCUGGCAAAAGCCAGAAAUCGUUUGAAGGCGUUGAAAUUAGUUGAAGUGACAAAACCACUUCCGAAAGAGAUUAAAGAACGAAUGUUACUGAUGGCAGUCAAUAGGAUAUUACUUUCAGAAAAGACUGCGGUUCUUGGUGGCGUAGCUGCUGUAAGAUCCAAAAUUCUGACUACGCUAGCGGCCACCUUCAAUCCUUACAUUAAAGAAGCUGUGCUGCGUUAUAUUACCGAUGACAUGCGAAAUCGACUAGAUUUAGCGCUAGGUUGGCUAUAUGAAGAGUAUGCGUUGCUACAGGGAUUUCAAAGGCGCACUACGUUGUGUACAAAACCACAAGAAGCCCCACAUCAGGCAUAUAAUUUCUUAUUGUGCACUUUGGUUUCAGCUAUUGACUUGAUUCAGGGCAAAGAUCGCGAUACUCUGUUAUCAAGACUUUAUCUGGAAGCCCCGUUAAUAACAGAGGAAGCUGUAGACGCUUUAAAACUGGUGUCGUCUGAUGAGACUAGAGGUCUCGUGCCAUUGCAGCUUUUGAAAGAAAUGGUAGUGCGUAGACCAACGAAACAACUGGUAUUUUUAAACGUUUUGUUAUGCCACACCGGACAUGAAAACAAUACGAUACGGGAGGCUGCAAUACAAUUGGUCUGUCAGUUAUACAGCCGAGCAGACUUAAGUAAACUGAUCGAGGAAUAUGCAGUUCUGUAUUUAGGAUUUUUGCGCCUUCAUAAUCCACCGGAGAUUGUUUUCGGGCAGGACAGAGGCAGACCGCAAAUCGAGAGUCUGUGGACCGAAUCGACUACACGUGCCUGCCUGGGAUUAUAUCUUGCUCUUCUCAGCGAACAUCAAGAUCUCAUUCACGAAUUGGCUAGAGUAUAUACGUCAAUGGGAGCAGAUGUGAAACGUAUUGUGUUAAGACUGGUGGAAGGGCCAGUGAGAUCUCUGGGUAUGGGUAGCCCGCAACUGCUCGCACUUGUUGAAAACUGUCCAAAAGGGUCUGAAACUUUAGUCACAAGGAUCAUACAUAUCCUUACGGAGAAAUCUGCCCCAAGCGCAGAGUUGGUAGCCAGGGUACGCGAGUUAUAUCAGACUAGAGUCUCCGAUGUCAGAUUUUUAAUACCUGUUCUGAAUGGACUGACAAAGAAAGAAGUGAUCGCCGCAUUACCAAAAUUAAUAAAAUUAAAUCCUAUCGUCGUAAAAGAGGUGUUUAAUAGAUUACUCGGAACACAUAAUAACGACAGCGGGGUACCUCAUACGUCGCCUAUUACGCCUGCGGAAUUAUUGAUAGCUCUACAUAAUAUAGAUCCAAGCAAGGCUGAAUUAAAGACCGUCAUUAAAGCAACGUCUCUUUGUUUCGCUGAGAAACAAGCGUACACGCAGGAAACAGUCGCCGUUGUGAUGCAACACCUCAUGGAGAUGACGCCUUUACCGACAUUAUUGAUGCGCACAGUCAUACAAAGUCUGGCACUUUACCCCAGGCUAAGUGGGUUCGUUAUGAACAUACUACAACGUCUGAUUCUGAAGCAAGUGUGGAAACAGCCGAAAGUGUGGGAAGGUUUCGUCAAGUGCUGCGAACGCACGCAGCCGCAAAGUUUCGCUGUUAUUUUGCAGUUACCACCGGCACAGUUAGCGGAGGCACUCCGAAUGGCGAGCAAUUUACGUGCUCCUUUACUAGCUCAUGUUGAAGCUUUUGCCGAGAAUCAGAAAGCACACAUUCCACAAUCAAUAAUGGAUGUCAUACAGGGUAAAGUGCCCUGUGACAUGCACGAUGAAUUUGAUAUUGCACCACCUGAUGAUUAUUCGAAUGAUCAAAAACCAGAUACAAUGGAAAUUGAUCUUUCGGAACCAGCCCCUCCCGGUUUAGAUUAGCAUAAAGUCAUUCCAGUGUUAAGAUCAGAAGCAUCGUUUGUCGGGUAUUUUAAUAAAUUAUAACUGUACAUUAUUACUGUGCGGCAUUAUAACUGUACAGUAAAUUUUUUUUUGCGUUGCUGACAGUCCAUAUUUAUAUCUCUAUUUGGCGCUAAGUAUGGAUUUAAAUCGGCUAAUAUUUAGCGCUAAGUGUGCAAGUGAAAGAAAUAAAAUUAUAUAUAAUUUAAUUUAAAAUAACAUUUACAGGCAGUAGUCUGUAAUUAGACAGACAGUAGUCUGUAGUAGUUAGGGUAAUUUCUCAAUACAUAUUGUUUUUUAUAAAUGAUUCGACACCAUAUACGGUCAUUAUUAGGUUUAUAAAUCAAUGUUAUUUUCUGAUCUUCAGUAUAAUCUGAACAUUUAUUUCGGUAUCUAAUAAAACAUAUAGAUAUUAUCCGACUUCUCAUAUUUAAUUAGCAUUUGUAACAAUACCAAAAUAUCAAUGAAAAAUCUUGAAAAAUAAAUCUUUUCGAAUAAUCUUGAUUUUAAUUGGAUUCCAAUUUUUAUUUGCGUGUGUGUGUGUGUGUGUGUGUGUAUAUAUAUAUAUAU